GUUACCACCUGUUGCUGAGUACAAAGGUUAGAGCAGAACAAGUUGUUGCUCCGCUGUAAUACUCCUUAUCCAUGUUAAAGGUAUAGCUGUAAUCUACACAGUCAAGUUUUCUGCUGUUGUCAAAAAUACAUAAAAGGGAACAGUUAAAUGAGAAAAUAUAUCUUGUUCUUUUCAGGCUAUGAAAAUGGAAUUCCGUCUGCUAAUGCUGUGCAUAGGAAUCUUUUCUACAAAAAUAUGCAAGGUUUUUUCUUGCAGCUCAAUUCCUGUGAAUCUUCAAAGCAACACCACUGUCCUUAAUGCAACACACCUUAACAUUACUUUGGAUGAAUGUGAUCAAAAAGCUCUAUUUCAAUAUGAAAACUUAACAGAACUUAUCCUGGAUGAGAACAAUAUUGUCUCCAUACCAAACAAUUUUUUUUCUGGACUUCCAAAACUUGAAGUUUUAAGACUGAAAAAUAACUUGAUACAAAAUAUUUACGAAAUGUCAUUUGAAGGGUUGCAACAAUUGCGAAUAUUAGACCUCAGCUACAACCAAAUCUAUCAAGUCCCUUACAACAUCAGUUUAUCUUCUCAACAUCUUACUGCCUUGUACUUACAAAACAAUAACUUGACAAGCCUUGAUAUCAGUCUAGCAUUAAAUGAAUUGAACAACAUAAAAAUAUCUCUGAAUGGGAAUCCAUGGAAUUGUGGCUGCUCUCUUGUGAAUUUGUCCUUGUGGUUAAAUGACGGCAGAGUGAAGCUUGAAAAUGAAGAUUUAACUCUCUGUGCCACACCACAGAACAUGGUAACUCACAGAAUAAAGGAAUUGAAAGCAGACCAAUUAAACUGCCAAGACAAUAUCGUUGAGCCAGAGACCCAUACUCCAGUACUAACCUCUGUUUUAUCUACAACAGUCAACGGAACAGUCAGCACACUAAAAAAAGGGAGUAGUUGGACAUUUCUGGUGGGAGUGAUAGCUGUUGGCAUUGUUACUUCAUUAUUGAUAUUAUUUGCUGUUAAAUUUCCUAAGUGGUAUGAGUACCUGUUAAGUUACAAUCACCAGCGUUUGAAGGAAGAAGAACCCUACACAUUUGAGGAAGAGUUUAAUGUAGAUUUGGACAUGAAAACUACUGAUCUAACCAAUGAAGAAGACAAAACUAUAGUUCUUUUUGAACAAACACAUUCAUUUGUUGCAGAAGAAGAUGGAUUUAUUGAAGACAAAUACAUUGAAGAACGAGAUAUAAGAGAGGAAAUUUAAUAGGAACACUAAAAUCCUCAUGUAAACAUGAGGUGUACAAAUAUGUGUGGAAAAAAUAUGUUUUCUUACAUAAAUAUUUUCAGAUUUGACAAAAAAAAUGUGCAAAGUAAUGAGGCACAUGCUAUUUGCAUGAUACUUCAAUAAAGAUGCUGUGCUACCUUUCUCAAUGGAUGUUCAAGAUUUGUUUACAACACAGGGUUUAUAGUCCAAAAUAAAUCAUUAAGAACUGGAAAAUGUAAAAUAUGCUGCAAAAUAUAUUCUGUGAAUUUAAUAGUAACACUUGACAAAUAUUAAUAUGGUUAAAAAGAACUGCUAAUUUCAAAUGGAUGCUUCCUCACCAGUCAGGAAGCACACAUAAGCUCAAUAAUUCCUUGCAUAGUGCCUCAUGUGACACAGGAUAGUGGAAAAAAUGCACAGUUCAAAGUAAAUAACAAAUUGCAGAUUUAAAAAAGAAAAAG